GUGGCUCCGGGUGGAACUGUUUGCUUGAAUGUCGGGCUAUGUCCUGAAGGAUAACAUUGCAUAAAGACACAAUCAGAAGGUAUGUGAAUGACGGACUAAUCGAAACGAUAUAGCAGUCCAACCUAAUGAUGUCAAUUACCUAACCAGUGAAGGAGAUAGCGAAUAAGAGGAAUAUAGUGAUAACGGACUGAAGAUCGGAUUGAAGCCAUUUUCUCCUGCGGACGAGGAGCGUGGUGACUGGGGUGUUGACGUCAUGAAUGUAGGCACGGCUCACAGCGAGGUGAACCCUAACACGCGGGUGAUGAACAGCCGGGGCAUCUGGCUCUCCUACCUCCUGGGCAUCGGCCUGUUGCACGUCAUCCUGCUCAGCAUCCCCUUCGCUAGCGUACCCAUGGUUUGGACCCUCACCAACAUCAUACACAACCUGUGCAUGUACCUGUUGUUACACUUGGUGAAAGGAACUCCAUUUGAGACUCCCGACCAGAGCAAGGCUCGCUUCUACACAUACUGGGAGCAGAUGGACUAUGGUGUCCAGUUCACUGCCUCACGCAAGUUCCUCACCAUCACCCCCAUCGUCCUCUACAUCCUCACCAGCUUCUACACCAAAUACGACCAGGACCACUUUGUGGUCAACACGGUCUCUCUGAUGACCGUGCUCAUUCCCAAGCUCCCCCAGCUUCACGGAGUCCGGAUCUUUGGGAUUAACAAGUACUGAUGGGACGGAAGGGGACACCGCCAUUCCGCCAUCUCCCUGUGGACUGUGAGCACAGAGUAUCAGGCUCCUUGCUGUGGCCCCGGCCCAUAGGGAUGCACGGUCCCGCCCUGUCUCCUAAUGCUAUUUGAGCACUAUGCUAAAUGAAGCCUAUGAGGGAUACACAAGACAAAAACUAACACAGAGGCAGAAUUUAUUCACUGUAACUGUACAGGGCUCGGCCGGGUCCGAGCUCCAUGUGUCCCCAUUGAAGCUGUGCUGUGGCAUUUAUUUGUGGUUCCCUUUAUGUCCGAGUUGUUUUGAAUUCAAAGAGAACACUGCAAGUGAGGCCUUUGAGGACAUACAGUAGUAUGAGAUGUUUUUAGAUUGAGUUACAAUGUGGAGAGGAGAAACCUCUGAACGGUUUGGUCCUGAGAGAAAUGAGACGGAGACAUUUUGCAUCCCCACCCCAGGGGACAUUUUGAAAGUUAUGGCACUCCGCUAUGGACGAUGCCCUCUAGAAUUACAACUCCAGCUUUAUUUUGCAUCUUUUCCUCAAAAGGCUCCUCUUCUCUUUCUCUCGUAAGAAAGGACAGAUAGCUAGAGGGAGGGUUAGCUAGGGAGUUUCUCUGACUGUCGCAGUGGUCCGACGAGAGGGAACAACAGAAUGACGGUUUGUGCAGUUUGUGCCGUCAUUCUCUUACCAAAAUUUGCACCUGCACUGUUCUUCAAGUAAAUGUGUUUUUGUAUCAUUUUCAGUGUACAUUUUUAAAAGUAAAACAUG